CUUCCCACACAGAAGCCAGAGCUGAUUUCCCUGUCUGUGCGUCGUGGAGAAUACAGCAGUGGUGACCCCAACAUCAGAGCUCCUCAAGUACUAGGAACCUCACAGCCCUCGGCCUUUACCUUGAGACGCCUAGUGCCCAGAUGCUAUGCACCCUCCGGUGACCAGCAGCCACUUGUCCAUCCCCCAAGACCAGAAAGGCAGCAGCAGCCCCCGGGAGCCCCGGGCUGCCCUCGGUGCAUCCUGCUGCAGAUGGAAAUUGAUGACCUUAGAGACCAACUAGCGGCCAUGCAGUUCCUCACUGACAAGUUCCAGGAGCUUUGA